AUGGGGGUGAGGGGCAGAGCGUGGUACAGCCGGACUGCCCUGCACUGGGCAGCAGUCUGGGGCCAUGUGGGGGCAGCAAGCUGCCUCAUAGGGGCCGGUGCGGAGGUUGAUGCCAGGGGCAGCAGGCAGACGACGCCCCUACACUUCGCUGCAGCAAAUGGCCACACGGCUCUGGUGCAGAUGCUACUGGAUGCAUCUGCUGAGCCAAAUGGCAGAGAUGACUUGGGGCUUACGCCACUACACUUGGCGGCAAGGUGGGGCCAGACAGGGGUGGCGGUUGAACUGCUGCAGGUGGGAGCUGACAGGGAUGGCGGGGGGAGGACCCAUCUGGACCUCGCCAUGCAGAACAACGAGCAGCAGCUGGUGGAAAUGCUGCAACAACGCUGA